AUGAUCGAGCCACCAGAAAGACUGGAGAGGAAGAAGAGGCUGCUGGCCUUCUAUGAACUCCAAGGUCCGGUGGGAACCGCAGAAGAGGACCAACCGCCAGAGGUCAUCAAGGAUGACUUUAAUCCAACUAACAUUGACUCCUCCACGUUUGACUGUCAGGCCUAUUUUACUAAGCUUCUGCAGCAUUAUUUUAAGUUUAUUGAAGAUGAGAUGAACUCCUUGGCUCAAGCAAUGGUUGAAAUUAGUCAGCUAUCGGUUAGUGUUGACGAGAAAACUCACAAGCAUCGAGAGGAACUCAAACGUCUCGCUAACACUAAGCAAAAUCUGCAAAAGUUGAAUUAUCUAUCUUCUCUGCCGACCAAACUUCGAGAACACAUAAAGAAGGAGCAAUGGGCCGAGGCGGUGAACGCCUACUGCAAAGCCAGGCCCGUUUUCGAGAAGUUCUGUGAUGUUCCCUCUUUCCAGGGCCUCCAACGCGAUUGCCUGGACUUAAUUAACAACGUCUCCGCCAACAUAGAAAUUUAUCUUUCAGCAGCGCCGGAUGCCGCCAGUUUGACAUCUUCUAUCGAGAUUCUCCAGAAGCUAAACCACGAGCAGUCCUCUCUGGCGUCCAAAUUUUUGCAUACAGCUAACUUGCGUAUGGAUGAACUGUUCUUAAAACUUGAUCAGGAGGUUGUGCAUCCGGUGACUUCGCAGGAUGGUUCAGACAGCAGUAAUCCAGCAACUGAUCGGCUGCUGAUCUCUCACCACAACGUUAUGCAUUUACGCAAUCUAUUUUUUUUACCGUACGAAAACCUUUAA